CAAAAAUGGCGGAAUAUCCCUUUAAGGCUAAAACUCGGCAUUUCCGAUCGCCAUUAAAAUGAAUGAUCCUAUCAUGCAAAUAAGAUUCUCCCACCGGUAGCCACAAUGGCAUCGGAUCCUCUGAUUGGUUAUCGAAGGCGAACGCCGGUUCCUGUUUUUCAUGAAGUACCAACAGGAAUUCCCUACCUACCUGUAUCACUGCAAUUAUCGGCUUGGGCAAUGGAGUCUCUCUUGAGGUUGGGCAUACUAGUGUCACUACUUGCCUCCUUUGCGGACGUCGUGGUCACCUUUUCAAAGAACCAAGACGUCGAGUUCACGUUCGUCUUACCUGCCGGCGCAACUGAGUGUUUUUUUCAGACAGUUAUUGGUCAAAGUAGUUUGGAAGUUGAAUAUCAGGUCCUAGCUGGCUCAUCACUGGAGGUUGGCUUCUCUCUCAUCUCCCCCAAUGGGUACAGACAGGUGUCUGAUUUCAGGAAGUCAGAUGGCAUCCAUACGGUGGACCCCGCCGAGGAUGGAGACUACCGAGUCUGUUUCGACAACAGCUUCAGCAUGUUCUCAGAGAAGAUGGUGCUGGUGAGGCUGGUCAUGAGCGGGUCUGCGGACACCUUUGGAGAAGGCAACUGGGAAAACACACUUGAAAUCGACAGCAUGCUGGAGUACAAGCUGGUGGACAUCAGGGACACAAUUGACGCAGUGCACCGACGCCUGGAGCGCAGUCGGCAGACGCAGGCGACCCUGCGGGCGUUUGAGACACGCGACCGCUACCUGCUGGAGGACAACAUGUGGCGCGUGUCCUUCUGGUCCUGUGCCAACCUGCUGGUCAUGCUCACCGUGGCCCUGGCACAGGUGUACACACUUCGCCGCUUCUUCGACGACAAGCGGGUCCGCACCUGAGGGCGGAGUCGGAACGCUUUAUCCUCGCGCACCAUUUCAGAGGUCGCAGCGAGGAGAGCGGGAGGGAGCAGCGAACCGCCUGGAGAACAAAGAAGCUGUGCAAUGCCAGGGGAGGCUGCUAUGAACUGCUAUGAGGCGUGAUAUUUGAUGAUCGUUUAAGGCCGACCCUGAAGCAAUGAACGUGUUGUGAGAUGGAGAGGGUUGAUGAAGAUGACUGAUGAGGGUAAAGUUAGACAAGGGAAGACUAGUCAGUUAUAAUGAAUCACAGAUGUCUCCUCAGAUGAGUGUGUGGGGUUGGGUCAUGUGACCUCAGUCAAAAGGGCACUGUAAAGCCAAUCAAAAGGCAAUCUGUGACUGUUUUGAUUAUUUUUUUUUAGCAAACAACUUUUAAUUUCUAUCUUCAUUACGUAGUUGGUUUGAUUUAGAAAUGCCAAAUACCAUCAUCAAUGAUAUUGAUCCUACCCACAAUCAGUCAAUAUUUCACCCUGGUCGUCUCUAGGCAGUGUCUAGGUGUCUGCCUUUGCGAUAUUAGGGUUCUCCAGAUUGUGGCCGACUCUUGAAAUGAUCUGGGCCAGAUUUUGCACGAGAUUUCCUUUGAAGUCACCUUCUGUCUGUUUCGUGGUUAACUUCUUCAGACAUGACCUUUAACUUGAUCAUGGGACUUUCCACCUUUUCAUCUACAUUGUUUUUUUUUAUACAUAUUUGUUAGUUGCAGUGUGCAUUGUGAAAUGCAAGGGUUAAAAAAAGAAAAGAAAAAAGGACUGCAAAUGAUAACUGAUUUGGAUUAAUCCAUGUAAUGUUAUAGUUGUCUUAAUAACAAUGUAUGUGGAUGUAAAGCAAUGGGUAGCAGGUAUUUAU